AAUUUCAAUUCUAGAAUAAAAUCUUAUACUUCUUCCCUCCCAAAAAUUCAAUUUACAAAAAUCUAACUUAUAUAUUGUUUAACAUUAGUGUUACAAACCCAUCUUAAAUAUCAAUUGUUUGAUGGUUCAGUGGUGGUUGAUGCUAAAUUUGGUAGGGCAGAUCGCGUGUUCGAUCCCCGCAACAAUAAUUGGGAGGAGACUGGAGCCUAUCCACCCAAAACUCGCCCCGAAUUCGGAUUAGCCAUCUAAAAUGAUGAUUAUCCCUGUGAUUAAUAUCAGAUCCUUAAGCUUUACAGCUUCAAGGGACUGGUGGUACCGGCUAACCUUCUCCCACGCAGGGCUCGAGUCGGUGUUGUCCGAUCUUGGCGAAGGAACCACCAUGCACUGUUGGGUUCCAAGGGUGUGCAAGCAAUCUAAGCCAAACCUUAUCUUGGUUCAUGGGUUUGGGGCUAAUGCUAUGUGGCAAUAUUCUGGUGUUCUUGACCAUUUUAUUCCCAAGUACAAUGUAUAUGUACCAGACCUCUUAUUCUUUGGAAGAUCCUACACCACCCAAAAGGAAAGGUCGGAAACUUUCCAAGCAAGAUGUUUGAUGAAGCUAAUGCACAUACAUGGAGUUCAAAAAGCUAGCUUUGUAGGAAUAAGCUAUGGCGGUUUCGUAGGGUAUAGCAUGGCGAACCAGUUUCCGGAAGCAGUAGAGAAGGCGGUGUUGUGUUGUACCGGGGUUUGCCUCGAAGAGAAGGACUUGAAAGAGAGGUCGUUGUUCAAGGUUCAAGACUUGGAUGAAGCUGCCAAGAUCUUAAUGCCUCAAAGUGCUAAUAAGUUGAGGGAGUUGAUGAAACUCUCCUUUGUUAAACCUCCUAAGGGAGUUCCUAAUUGGCUCUUAACCGAUUUCAUAAAUGUUAUGUGUAAAAAUUAUGUGAAUGAAAAGAGAGAAUUGCUUGAAGAAAUACUCAAGGAUAGGCAACUCACAAAAUUACCAAAGAUUCCCCAUCCAACAAUGAUAAUAUGGGGAGAACAAGAUCAAAUAUUCCCUUUGGAAUUGGGAAACCGAUUGCAACGGCACUUGGGAAGUAAUGCGCAGCUAGUGGUGAUCAAGGAAGCAGGGCAUGCAGUAAAUUUAGAGAAACCAAGGGAGUUUUUAAAACAUUUGAAAACUUUUCUACUUGAUUCUCAUAAACUUCUUCCCAAGGAUCAUGCUACUAUCUUCGACUGGUGGCAAUAAAAUAUUGAUAAUCUUUUGUACUCAAUUUUUGUGCUAAUCCUAUUUUUUAUCCCAAUUUUCUAUUACAAUAUAAAUAAAUAAAUAUAAUAUAAUAUUGUUUAGAUUA